AUGCUAAAGAAUCUCCUAGAUGCUGCAGGCGCUGCCUUGGCCUACUUUUGCUUUGGCUAUGGAUUUGCAUUUGGAGGGGAUCAUUCCCGGAGCACCCUCCGAGAAGGUGCUUCCACCACUGCCACCUUUAUGGGCUUGGACAACUUUUUUGGAACUGGUGACAUGGACCUGGCAUUCUUCUUCUUUCAGUACACCUUCUCUGCUGCUACAGUCACCAUUGUGGCGGGCACUCUUGCAGAACGAUGCCAAAUGAUGGCAUAUCUCUGCUACUCACUAUUCCUGACCGGCUUUGUGUAUCCCAUUGUGGCCCACGCAAUAUGGUCGACGCACGGAUUCCUCAGCGCGACAUUGUCUGAGCCAUUCCUUGGGGUUGGAGUGAUUGACUUUAGCGGCAGUGGAGCCGUACAUUUCACAGGUGCGACGACUGCCUUGUAUGCGGCACUCAUUUUGGGGUCCAGACGAGGACGCUUCUAUGAUGUGACAACGGGGGAAGAGCUCGAAAAGCCAAAGCCAUUUCCCGGGCAUAGCGUUUCCUUACAAAUGCUUGGUGGUUUCAUCCUGUGGUUUGGCUGGUAUGGGUUCAAUCCUGGAACCGCUUUGCUGCUGGACGACAAUCCAUACCAAGCACAGAUUGGUGCUUUAUGCGCGGUAAACACAUUCCUGGCUUCGGGAGGAGGCUGCGUUUCGUCGUUGAUUGUCAGCAUUAUUGCCCACUACCGAGAAACUGGGGAUGUUGCAUUUGAUUUGAUGGCCGCUAUGAAUGGUUCCCUUACCGGCCUGGUCUCGAUCACAGCAGGAUGUGCGACACUGGAGCCCUGGGCUGCCCUGGUUACCGGACUUGUAGCUGGUAGCCUCUACCCGUUGGGAUCUCAUCUUCUUGUCAGGUGUAAAAUCGACGAUGCAGUUGACGCAAUUCCAGUCCACGGUUUCGGUGGAAGCUGGGGGCUUCUCUCUGUAGGGCUCCUUGCUUCACCGGAACGAUUGCGACAAGCAUAUGGACACGGGGACCACCCGGGUUUGUUUUAUUCAUUUGCAUCCUCUCCUGAUGCAAGGUUGCUUGCCUGUCAGAUCUGUGGUAUUCUCUUCAUCUUUGGAUGGACACUUGUCACCAUGUUGCCCUUUUUCAUCUGGCUAAACUUCAUGGGAUGGUUCCGAACAGGGUCAAUCCAAGAGCUUGUUGGCCUUGAUGUAACAUACAAUCUGAAUGCAGAUGAGGAACAAGAUCUCGAUGCGGACGACGAAGGCCAGAGAUAUCACGACGCCUACGAGCGCUAUCGGCAGGUGAUGAGGCAAGAGCACGCAAAGGAAGCAGACUAG